AUGGUGUCUGCUGGCUUCCAAAUGCUGGGUGCAGCCUUGGGGAUUAUUGGCUGGAUUGGAGUCAUCAUUGUGUGCGCGCUUCCCAUGUGGAGGGUCACUGCUUUUAUUGGCAGCAACAUUGUCACCUCACAGAUCAUCUGGGAAGGUAUCUGGAUGAGCUGUGUGGUCCAGAGCACAGGCCAGAUGCAAUGCAAGGUCUACGACUCCAUGCUCGCCCUCACCGGAGACCUCCAGGGUGCUCGGGCCCUGACUAUCAUUUCCAUUGUGGUAGGCGUCAUGGCUAUUCUGCUUGCUGUAGCUGGAGGAAGAUGCACCAACUGUGUGGAGGAUGAAAAGCAAAAAGAUAAAGUGGCUGUCGCAGCUGGUGUUAUGUUCAUCAUCGCUGCGGUCCUCUGCCUUGUCCCUGUCUGCUGGACAGCCAACACUAUUAUCCAGGAGUUCUACAGCCCUCUUCUGAACGCGGCCCAGAAGAGAGAGCUGGGUGCCUCGCUCAUUUUCAUGGCUUCUCAGGGCCUCCAGAUCUUGGGUGUUUUACUGGCCUUCUUUGGUUGGCUGGGCGCCAUCAUCACCUGCGGUUUGCCCAUGUGGAGAGUCACCGCUUUCGUGGGGGCGAAUAUCGUCACCGCCCAGGUGAUCUGGGAAGGCUUGUGGAUGAGCUGCGUGGUCCAGAGCACGGGGCAAAUGCAGUGUAAGAUGUACGACUCCAUGCUGGCUCUGCCUCAGGACCUGCAGGCUGCUAGGGCCAUGGUGAUCAUCUCUGUGAUUGUUGGGAUAUUCGGCAUCCUCAUGGCUGUGAUUGGAGGAAAAUGCACCAACUGCAUGGAGGAUGACGUGGCCAAAGCUAAAACCUGCAUCGUGGCUGGAGUGAUAUUCAUAAUAACUGCCUUGCUGAUCUUGAUUCCUGUAUCGUGGUCGGCUCAUGCAGUAAUCAGCGACUUUUAUAACCCCCUAUUGGUUGAGGCUCAAAGAAGGGAGCUUGGAUCUUCACUUUACAUAGGCUGGUGCUCUGCUGGGGUGCUGCUGCUGGGAGGUGGUCUUCUCUGCAGCAGCUGUCCCCCAAAAGUUGGUGGCAGACCCUACAUACCUGCCAAAUUCACACCUGUAAGAAGCGUAUCUUCAAAUGUUGACUAUGUUUAA